CUCUCUCUUUCCCUUCUCAGCAGAAUGCUGUGAACCUGAGCCUCGUUCCAGUAUGCUUUUCGUCGCCGCCGUCAGCAUGAGUCUCUUCAUUGCUUCCGGUGCGAGCGUGCUGACUCACCACUUCCCAAAUGCCGUAGCGGCGUUCCUAGAGGCGCCAGCGUCCAACGCUCUCCUCAGGUGUUGAAUGGGUGUCACAGAUCUACGCCCUCUGGAUGCAUGCUUCGUAUGCUUGGUUCCUUCUCCUUUUGGUGUGUAUGUAUGUGCUGCAGGCACUGUCCGUCUUCUUCGCUGCUUCGUGUCCGUCGGCACCGCGAUGCCCUUCGUGCUACAAACGGCACUGGUCAGUCACAGCACACGACACACACGACACACAAGCUGACAGCCGACACACGAACAUCCUCGACUAUCCAUUUACGUGUGCGCGUGCGUUGCAGACGCCGUCCUGGCCCCUCCCUCUGACACAGACACCGACACGCCCACGUCCGUCGACAUCGACGCCACCCUGACAGGCCUCAAGACGUCCCUUCGACGAUACGGAGGCGAGAUCAUCCAACCCAACACACCCGGCGUCAUCCAGGCGUAUGACGACAAAGGCAAUGAUGAUGGUGCUGGUGGGCGUGAGGAAGAGCAGCCGUUCGAUGAGGACGGCUUGCGUGAGGAGGUGCUGGGUGCGUCUGGCGGCCUGUCGCUGACCGAUGUGGCGAGGGAGCGGAGGGGGGUGAAUGAGGCUCCCGCUGGGGCUGCUGGUGGGGGAGGGCCUGCAGGCAACGACACUGCUGCUGGAGGUGAGGAGUACCUCUCGCCCAUGGGGCUGGACUGGGAGAGGGCAUUUAGUCUCGUCGACGAACAACAAGGUAGGUGAGUCACUCGAGGGCAUGACCGUUCGUUCGUUCUGCUUGGCGUGUGUGUUAAGCCGUUGCUCAUUUCGGCGUGUGUGUGGCAGAGAUCGACCCGAUGCUCGUUGCCUUCAACGCGGCGCUGAGUGCGUUCGAUCGGCAGGGUCGGGGCAAAGAGGCCAUGGAGGCCGUCAAGGUACGUCAACCAGCCACGCACACACACACACACAGUGUGAUGAUUCGUGUGUGUCUGUGUGUGUGUCUGUGUGAUUGGUUCGUUCAGGAGAUGUGGUCAGUGGGUGUGAAGCCUGACAUGGUGACCUACACGGCAGCCAUGUCGGCGUGCUGCAAGGCACACAUGCCACAAGAGGUAGGUACAGCUUCAUGGCCGCCUGAAUGACCAUCGCUCGUUCGUAUGCGUGUGUGCGUGUGUGUGUGUGUGUGUGUGAGUUCAGGUGAAGCAGCUGCAGGAGUGGAUGAGUGCUCAGGCGCUGAAGCCCGACGUGGUCAUCUACAACAUCAUGCUCGAGUCGGCCACACACGGUGUGCACAAGUGCGAUGGAUGGAUGCCAUCGCCCGACGAAUGUGUGUGAGCUGUGCCGCGAGUCUGGGUGGUGUGUGUCUGUGUGUGCAGACAAUGACUGGGUGGGUGCGGCGAGCCUCUACGAGGAGAUGAAGAAAGACCCCACGCUUGAGCCGACUGAACUCUCAUACCUGCACAUACUCACGUACACCCACACACAGAGAGGGAGAGGGGGAGGGGGAGGGAGAGAGCAACAACAUGGCCUUGUUUCUCUGCGCUGUGUGGUGUGGUGUGAUGUGAUGCCUGCAGUGUGAUGGACAGGGCAGAGCGGCCUGAUCUCGCAAUCCAGUACCUCACAGACUACCAAGCCGCUUUCCACAGGUAGGUAGGUACCUUCACAGCCACACACACACACACACACACACACGUGUGCGCUGAUCUCUGCACACCCAAUUGCGUCAUGUUUUACUGUCAUUGCAGGAUGACCCCCGCCGUGCUGAAUGCGGUGCUCAGCUCGCUGGCCAAGUCGGGGUGGCUGACGGAAGCUAUGGAUAUUUGGCAGAGGGUGGUGGGGGGCGACGGUGAGACGGCAGAUGCCACCACUUACAGGCUCAUGCUCAUGUAAGGAGAGAGGGUGGCUGAGAGCACACCGUGCUCUCAUCUCUGUCUGUCUGUCUGCCUCUUUCUAGUGCGUGUGUCAACGCCCGGUCGCCUGACAUGGCCGAGGAGAUCUGGGAAGGCUUCCAAACGAGCCAGGUGAGCUCACCACACAUGUGCACCACCCAUCCCCUUGUCUGUGGCUGGAUGGAUGUAUGGGUCAGCAUUGGGCCCAGCGCGACGCAUCCCAUUUUCUCUACGCCCUGCGGGCCGCCGCGAUCGGGGGAGACUUCGAGAGGGUGAGUGAGUGGAGGGAGGGUGACCACACAGCACAACACACCUCCACACCCCACGGUGCGUGUGUGCGGCGUGUGCAGGCGUAUGAGCUUAUGUCAGGCAUGCAAGACCACGGCCUGCAGGCGGCCAUCUCCCAUUUCGAAGCCCUCAUACAAGGCAACGCCCACACCACAGCCCACACACUCCACUUGACACCGCACCCAUUCUCAUUCUCUCUCUGUCUGUGGAUGCUGCAGCGUGUCGAGAGGCGGGGGAGUGGCGGGGCGCAUUGCAGGCCCUCCGGCGGCUGUCGGCCGCCCGCAUGCCGCCCACCCCCGCCAUGUAUGAGGACGUCAUGGCGGCGUGUGCACGAGUUGGUGACUGGGAGCCCCUCCUGGGCAUCUUCUCGGAGAUGACCAAAUCGUCCGGCCUCUCGCCCACGCCACUCACCGUCCACUAUGCCCUUGACGCCUGUUUUCGGCUCGACUAGUGUGUAUGCCACACACAACGUUGCCUCUUCAUAUGUUCUGUGGAGGCGUUUGUUAUUGUGUGUGUGUGUGUGUGUGUGUGUCAGUGCGCGUGAUGCAGGUCAGCUGGUGCAGACGGCCCACGAGAGGCGGCUGACUCUGCUGCCGUCCACCCUGACGCUCAUCGACAAGUGGCGGGAGCGCUCGCCCGACGUCCUGAGCGACGACAUCAUGCCCCCUCAGUUGCUCGAGGCACAGAGGAGGAGGCGUAUCGGUGGUGGGGGUGCCGGCCCUCAGCCCAUGCCCCCAUCUCCAUCACCCUCACAGCCGGAGCCUGCGGCAAGAUCCACCCCACCCGAAAUGACGCAGGGUGAUCGUCGUGACGAGAGAGGUCCUCCACGACAGCCGGAGAGGCCGCAAAUGAGGCCUGCGGCACCGCCACAACCACCCCCACCCCGACCAUCAAGACUCCCCCCUCCUGCUGCUGCCCCCCUUAUCCGCCCUACAAUGUCGCUCCCCUCCCCACCACCCCAGCCGAUGCCCGGGAUAGAGCGGCGGACAGAGGAGCCACCGGCGACUACACCUGGUGUUAGUGAAGGCGAAGGCGGUGAUGCGUUGACCGAGCUGGAGAGGAUGCUGGCGAGAGCCAAGAUGGGACAGCCUCUCGGACCGAUGUCUGCUCCACCAUCGGGUGACGACAAGAGUGCUCCUAGUGGUGGUGGCGGCGGUGCAGAUGAGUGGGAGAGGCAAUUGGAUGAUUUGGUGGCCCAGGCCGCCCAGGAGACAAGGAACGAGAUGUUGCGGCAGAAAGAGGAGGCUAGAAAAGGGUCAGGGGAGGAGCCGCCCUCACCCCCACCACAACCACCACCAGCAGCAGUGCCUGAUGGGGCGAUGGACGUGCACCGCGACCCGGCUGCCAGGCUUCGCUUCCCGAGACUCGGUUAGGGUGGGUGGUUGGGUGUUUAUAUUGCAUAGGUUUGUGCGUGUUUGUGUGUGGGUGUGGUGUGAUGUGAUCUGAUGAACGAUACUCUUUGCACAAUGGACCUCUGAAUAAAAAGCACGAGCACAG